CCCUAACAUCUCCACCUCUGUUUUGCUCUGCUUCGUCCAUUUCGCCACCGCCACCUCCAUCUCUGCUAUUGCGCAGCUUGAGGAUGAAUAAACUGCCACCUCCACCUCUACUUUGCUCUGCUCCGCCCGUCCCGGUCGCAGCCUCCACCUCCACCUAUGUUGUUGCGCCACUCGAGGAUGAAGAAGAAAAGAAAUCCACCGCCCUAAAUUCGUUUCCCCUCACCCCUCGAGGAUGGAAAGGAACGGGAAGGAUCUGGAAGCGUCGGAGGUUGGCCUCAGAGUGAUGAAUAGGGAGAGUUCUGCUAGGGAUUUGCAAGUGGAGGCUGCGCUGGCGAGUUUCCGUUGGUUCAACCAUCGAAGGAUUACAUCCGUAGAGCCGAUUAGAGGAUUGUCAAAGGGAUUUGCAAGUGAAGGACUGUAUAUCCUGCUUGCGACGGAUUCUAGCCGACGGUAGAGGAGGUCGUGCACUGGUCGGAUUAUGGUGUCGGAGGUUGGAUUGAAGAUGGAGGGAGACGCGGAGGUGAGCGGCGUGGGAUUAGGGAUGGAAAUUUGAACCCGCCUCCCCGGGCAUUACCCGACCCGCAGUAGGAUGGGGCGGGACAUGGAUAUCAACUUCCGACCCGCCCUGUCCUGCCCCGUCCCAUUCUUGGCCUGUUUUUGUUGGAGGACUCCGUUGUAAUAAAACAAUAGUAUAGGA